AUGGCUAAACUCUCAAACGUCUCUAUCAAGCAGCUGGUAUAUCCUGGAGGAAUCGAUGACGCUCUGAAAGUUCGCAUCGCUGUCUUUGUUGAUGAACAGAAAUACACUCUGGAGAGUGAAUUAGACAACCUGGACGAAGGGUCCUACCACUGGGCUGCUUACUGUGAUAAGGAGAAUGAAGAUGGCACAAUCGAAAACAAUAUUCCUGUAGGAACCAUUCGUAUGAUUCCUAAGCCUGACAAUGUCGCCAAGUUGGGUCGUUUAGCUGUUCUCAGCACAGCUCGUGGGCUCUACAUUGGGCAGCUACUUGUCAAGGAAUUCAUCAAGUUUUGCAAGGAAAACGGCUAUCAUACCAUUGUUUUACACUCGCAAUAUCCUCGACGUGGAUUUUAUGCUAAGCUUGGAUUUGUGAUUGAAGAAGGUGAAGAAAUCUUUGAUGAAGAUGGCACUCCUCAUAUUCGCAUGUAUAUGCGUAACAUCUAG